AUGAACAUGGUUUCGAGUCUCCUCUUUAAAUCGACACUACGAAAAGCCCAACUAAGCUCGAAGCGCCAGCUUUCCGCCAUGGCAACUAGUGAGCUUCACGAGAAAGUACCUUUACAGGAAAGUACCGGCAACGACGGGCUGGGCCAGCAAUAUGGAGGUGGUCAUACGGGUAAAUGGGUUAGUCGCCUCCCGCCAUCGGUGAUUCCGUACAUACAAUUGGCUCGGCUUAGCCCCCCUGUUGGGCUUAUCCUCAUCUAUAUUCCGCAUUUCCUUGGUAUUCUCCACUCGGCCAUCCUGCAGCAGGGCUCAAGUCCCGCAGCCCUAUGGACUGCCGCCGUCCUACUUCUUGGGGGCAGUUUAUUCUGUUCCAAUGGCGCACAUAGCUGGAAUGAUUUGAUCGAUACUGCUGUCGACAAGUUAGUUGCUCGCACUCGCAAUCGUCCUAUUGCUCGAGGUGCCAUCUCACCCCGGGCUGCCUUCAUUUUCACCGUGACGCAAGCCGCUAGCGCCGCAGUAUUCCUUCUCGGCUUUCCAAAGCAGAAGGUUGCAGCGUAUUGGGCAGUACCGAACAUCAUCGCUACGAUAUACUACCCCUACGCGAAACGUCAUACCUAUUUCGCUCAGUUUGUUCUAGGAUUCUGUCUUUCGUGGGGGGUUUUCAUGGGUGCUCUGGCGAUGGACGCGGAUCCCCUGGAGAAUUAUUCAACUGCGUUCCUGUUCCUUGCAUGCAUCCUUUGGACGGUUAUCUACGAUACGAUAUACGCACAUCAGGAUGUUAAGGAUGACGCCAAAAUAAACCUAAAGAGAUCUGUUCUUAUCACAGGGGCCAAUGGGUCCCUUGCAAUACACGCUGUUGACCAUCUCCUUCGUCAUCACCCAGAAUAUGCUGCUAUCUUAACCGUACGAGAUGUUGAUGACGCCAACAGCAAGAGACUGCGUGAGAUAGUAUCGAAAUACCCAAAUGCAAAGACAUUUAUCCACCAGCUUGACCUUGCUGACCUCUCGGCCGUCCAUGAUUUCGCCAGCAAAAUUGAGAAAGGGGUAGCUGAUAACUCGUAUCCUCCACUUAGCGCCAUCAUCGCCAAUGCGUAUUAUUGGAAUCUCGUCCGCGACCCUGAGCUCACAAAAGAUGGUUACGAGAAGACCUUCCAGAUUGGCCAUAUCGCCCACGUAGCUCUAGUGCUACGUCUCUUAGGGAGCUUUGGACCGGAAGGAGGAAGAGUUGUACUUUUUUCGAGCGAUGCACAUUGGCCUGGCAAGAACUCAUUGGAGAAAUAUCCACCACAAAUCCCAGAGGACCUCGAACAGCUCGUUAAGGCCGAUAUUGGGGCCGACAAGACAGGUUUAGGAUUCCAGAAGUAUGCGAAUACAAAGUUGGCAAUUGUGACAUGGUCGUAUGCACUGGAUAGGCAUUUGAAGAAGGACCCGAGUUUAAACAAGAUCACAGUAGUAACAAUUAACCCCGGGAACCUGAUCGACUCACGUGCGCUUCGAGUUAACACUCCAAAGCCCUUCACUUACAUGCAGAAGUUUGUUCUUCGACCUCUUCUACCCCUGAUUCGGCUAAAAGAUCAUACGGCGCGCCUCUCGGCCCCAGCCGGAGCAGACGUUAUCGAGCUAGCCGUUGACUCAAAAUACGUGGGCCAGGCUGGUUAUUAUACUCUUCUGAAGAAGGAUGAGAGUUCGCCGGAGAGUAAAGAGGAACUGAAGCAGGAAGCACUAUGGACGAAGAGUUUAACUUGGGCUAAGAUCAAUAAGGAGAACACUUCUUUGGCCCUUGACUCUUAA